AUGGCGUUUGUUUACGAAAAAGAUAGAGGAUUGAGUUCUUUUGAAAAUUAGUUGUUAGAUACAUCUCAUUUAGGGCCUGGUAGAUAUGUAGGUUAAUAAUAUUACAAAUAAAAUAAGGGAUAUGCUCCUUUUUUGAGUACCACAGAGAGGGAUGAAUCUUUUUUGAGUAAAAAGAACAAGAAGAAAGGCAUUUAAGGUUAGUAAAAUCCGACAGAUGUUUCUCCUGGCCCUGGAAGCUACGAAUUAUCAAAGCCAUUAGUUAAAGGAAAUGUAUAAACAACAGUAAUUAAUGAUUAAACGAUUGUGCUCAAAGUAUAAACCUAAGGCAGUAGCAAUUUCAGAUCGACUGUCAACAGAUUUUAAAAUACUGCUGCUAGCCAAUUACCUGGUCCAGGUUCAUAUAAUUUUGAGGAUACUGUUAAAGUAAAGAAUGUAAGUAAGGUGAGCUAAAUAAAUCCAGAUCACAAUAUUGUUCUAAAUGAAAUCAGAUUGCAUAAUAUGUCCAGAAAAAUAUCUUCUAUCCCUGCGAGAACGAUUUAAACUGCUAAAAAUAAUGACCAAAAGUCUCCUUUGAAUAAAAUUAACACAACAACUACAGCUGCUUCAAAUAGAGCUUCCGAAUUAGAUUAGUUAUUUUCAACUAAUUAAAGCGGGAUCAACGUUGGACCUGGCGAGUAUGAGAUUAAAAGUGGAUUUGUAAACCAAGAUAAAAAACCAAGUGUUUGGAGCAAGUCAAGGGUUGAUAGAUUUGAUAACUAGAAGCAUAUAAAUAAAGUUGUUGGGCCAGGAAGGUAUCAGCUUAAUAAAAAAUUAGAACCUAGAUAUAAAAAGGGAAUGUCUGCUUCAUUUAGAUAACAGCCAAGAAGAACUUUAUUUGAUUAAAUUGAAUAUGAAAACUCUCUUCUGCUAGGAAGAGUUCAACCUGAACCUGCUUCUUAUAAUAUUCCUUCUUAGUUUAAUGAAGCUAAUUCCAAAAAACCAUUCAUUUUGUAAAAUUUUUGUUCUACUUCUGAUCGCUUUAAAGAGAAUGAUAAAGGCUAUAACUUAGAUCCAGGUCACUAUUAAUAAAAACCCGGUUUUGAUAUAAGAAAGCCUCCUAAGUCUGCUAAUAUUUCUUUUUAAAAUGCUCCAGAAAGGGAUGAUCAAUUUUUAAUACCAUAUAAAAUACAAAAAGAGAUUCCGGGAGUUGGAGUUUAUGAUAUUAAUUAAACUAAAUCUAUAAGAGGAGACAUCAUUAAAAGAUAUCACAUGGGAUAUAAAGGUAAAUUUGGGUCUCAUUAACCACGUUUCAGAGAUGAUUUUGAGGCUAAUGAGUUACCAGGUCCAGGAUAAUAUGUAAGCAAUAAUGACGAAAACUCAGGAAAUAAAUAAUUUUCUAAUUCGUCUAUGGAUUUCAACUCAUUUUUCAAAUCACAAACUUAAAGAGAUCCUUAUGGAAAAAAAGACAAAAACAUUCCUAGUUGUGGCGAAUACAGUCUUGAUUAUAACACAAUAAAUUACAAAACAACAAAGUAAAAAUUAUUUAUAGAGAAUCUUAAAAAAAUUGAUGUAGAAAAACCAGGCUUUGACUCUAAAAAACCUCGUUUUAAUCAUUACGAAAAAAGUACAGCAGGUACUUCUUAAAACUUGACUCCUAAAAAUCGUUUGAAUUAAACAUUUGAUGAGAAUAUUUUACAUAAAAAAUGCAAAUCCUUAACUAAAGAAUCUGACACUGUUUACAAUGCCCCUAAACGUGUUGUUUAGCAGCCAUUUGUUUCAAAAGUAAAAAAAAUCGAUUACAUUCCUAAUAAAGAUGAUAGUCUAGGACCAGGAAUUUAUGAAAGUAAGCAAGAUUGGAUGAAGAGAAGUUUUAAUGUAAAAUACUAAAAAAAGUGA